AUGUCUGGUAGUGGGAAUGAAUUAUUUAAUUUGGUGAAAAACUCCAGAUUAUCACAAGUGGCCCAACCACUUCUGAAAAACAUGCGUGCUAAAUCAAAUAUCCCAACACAUCAAGUCAUCUUUACACCAAAAUCAAGUGCAGCAAGAUCAAAUUAUGGUUUGAAAACAACUUUACCAAAUAAGAUUGGAUCAUCUUAUAUUUCAUUUAAUGAUAUUGAUAAUCGUCAAAGUAUGCCUGAUGUUGAAAAAAAUUCCGGUUUUUAUUAUAAACAAUUGAUGUUUAAAGAAUUGGGAUUACCUGUUAAAACUCAUUAUACUGGUAAAAAUCCAUUAUUUCCAGAUGAAUUAAAUAAAUCAGAUAGACCAAUGAGAGAUGGUAGUUUAGCUAAUACUUUAAAUUUACCAACUAAAGUUCAAGUUUCUGAAAUUGUUAAAAUUUUGAAAAAGAAUCCAGAAAUUUAUGAUCAAUUUAAUAAAUUUUUAAUUAAAAAUCAUCCAAAGAUUUUAUUAACAACUGUUUCAAAUCAAGAAAUUAUUGAAAUUUUAAAAGAAUUUUUAUUAAGUUCUCCUGAAGUUGUUAAAAAAAGAUUAAGUUUGACUACUCAACAUAAAAUUAACCCUAAAUUUGAACAACGUCAAAUUCAAGGUACUGGUGGUUUUUCAUAUAAUCAAAAGGGUAGAUUAAGAAAUACUCCAAAUGGUAUUCAAUAUGGUACUGUUGUUCCAGGUAGAAUUAUUGAUAAUAAAGAAGCUGCAAUUGCUGGGUUUGUUUCUAGUGUUACUGAUCGUUCUAUUGCUUUACAAACAAACUAUGCUAAAAAUUAUCCAGGUAAACAUCAUAGACAAUUUACUGUUCCUUUCAAGAUUAGCGAAGCUGAAUUGUCUGAAGAUGGUUCUGUUAGAUUGUUUGCUGAAGGUAUCAAGAGUGGUAAAUGGAUGGAAACUAAUGAUAGAUUUACUCCUUCAAGAACUAACUUUGCUGGUUCUUCAGAAAGAAAUAAAGCUGAUGGUCAAAGUUUGGAAAGUUUAUUAAACUUGAUUCUUCCUACCAAAUAG